UUGUGUUAGUUAGCACUGUGUUAGUUCAACAGCACAUGACAACUCACAAAUAAAAGGAAGAGUCUUGCGGAAGAUUUAAAUAUAAAGAUGGUUAGACAAUCCCGUAAAAUGUUUGUUGCAAACGCCUCUGGCUAUAAAAAUGUAGAAAAUUUAAUUAAGUUUCUCGUCUUGAGCGUCCCAAUGGUUAUGACUCUCCAAGAAGAAAUUGACGAGGACGGCCUUGAAGUCAUUCCUCAAGUUUUCGAAGUUAGACAAGUCAAGGCCGAAGAAAAGCUCCUCGUAAUUGAAGGUGGACACUCCCUUAGACUGAGGAAGGCUUCUAUGCUCGCUGACAAUCUUUUACUUCGUGACGUUACCGAAGAAGGUGUUCAUGAGAGAUACGUUAACGGAACCGACUAUGAAGCGCAUUUAUAUGAGGAUGAAAGCAACAAAGCCUCGUUGAUCAUGGAACCUCAAACAAGAGGCGAUUAUCAUAUAACUGGUCUUCUGAAUGACACUCACCGUAUUGAGCCUCUGGCAACUACAGAGAGGUCCGGCAGAACUGUGCACAAAAUAUCCAAGAUUGUAAGUGACGGCGCAACAUGCGAUGGUGUAGGAGCAGGUGGGAGCCGGCUUUACGAAGAGGAGCUUCCCGAGAUUGAAGCCAGAGAUGUGCCAUCGAACUUCACUAUUGAGGUCUACCUCAUGACCGAUUUUAAGCACACAAAGUUCUUCGGAAAUCGUCAGAGGCAGAGAAUUAUGUACGCUACAGCGUUAAUGCAUUCGGUCAGCCUUCGCAUGCGGCAGCUUGAGCCCCCUGGUAACAUAAUUUUAACGGCAAUCGAAGCAUCGUUCACUACAAAUGAGCCAUACGUGAGCUUGUGGAAGAAGGAUCUCCUUGGCUUAGAAACAUUGAAGAAGCUACAACAAUACAUGGUGACCAAGCCAUCAAUGGUCAAAUCAGACUUGGUGUACCUUUUAUCAGGGCUAGAUAUGAUUAAAUUAGUCAAUGGUACCAAGAGUUCCGAAGUUGCAGGGCUGGCCUUCAAAGGCCAAGCCUGCAGGAAUCUCAAGGUUGCAGUCGGAGAGGACAAGCCUGGGUUGUUUACGGGAGUGCAGUACGCUGCUCACGAGAUUGCACAUCUGCUUGGCUCUGAUCAUGAUGGUUAUACCACCUCAAAGAACUGCAGCGCUUCGGACGGCUACCUGAUGAGUCUCCAAGCAGGAGGGUCACGCUCCUUCAUGUUUUCCAGCUGCAGCAAGCACGCCAUAAAAACAUUUUUGAAAUUAUCAGGUUCUGCGUGUCUCUUGAAAAACACGAAUCCCAAUACGCAAAUCGCCAACCUGCCUGACAAAGCAGUGAAACUGCCUGGAGACAUCACGAAUGGGACGCAGUACUGCAAGAAGUAUUUCCCUACGUACCCGAAGGCUUCCUAUGCUGAGCGGGAGUCUGACCUGCUUCAUUGCAAGUGGCGGUGCCGUUUGAAAUCCGAAGGAGGACUGUCAUAUUACGCGCUCACAGACGCACUCGAUGGGACCCCUUGCAACAAAUCUAAUUCAAGAAUGAAAUGCAAGGACAGCAUUUGUAUAGAAAGUUGAUGGUGGUCAGUCAUAAAAUAAUCUACGUCACUAGAAACAUUUCCAAUGGCAGUUUGUGGUGAAAAGAGAGUGCAUUCCAGCAAUAUAAAUAAAUAAAGAGUCGUUCUGGUUU